CGCACGUCGCAUGACCUCAUGCCCCCGCGCCGUUCCUCCCGCAGCCGGGCGCGGGCCGCAGGUCACCGAGCCGCCGCCUCGGAGCCGCCGCCGGAGCCGCCCUUCACCGCGGGCCACGGGAGCCGCCGCGCCCUUCGCCGCAGGUCGCCGCCCGAGCCGUCGCAGUGUACAGCGAGGUGCAGACGAGCCGCAUCGGCACACGCUGCCCCUUCCCUCCGUCCUCCGCUUCCAUUUCACACUCGCCGACGGGCCCACCACCACCGCCGCCGCGGGAAGCCCCGAUGAGAUCGCCAAGCUGUUCCCGAACUUGUACGGUCAGCCUUCGGCCGAGCCGGUCACAUCGAAGCUGCUCAAGAUCAGCGUCGUGCUUUCUGGUGGCCAGGCUCUAGGCGGCAGAAUGUGAUCUGCGACGUCUUUGAUAAGUGCGAGUGAUCUCUAGCUGCACGUUCGUUUAGCACUAGCUGAGACCAAUUGAAAUUGGAAAUAGGUGUUCAUAAUUGAAUUAAAAAGGUGUUAGUGCACUGCGUCAGUCUCUUCUUUGAUGGAAAAUAUGAGGAUAGAUCUUUUUAGAUUUUGUUGCUUUGAUGUGUUUCCUGAAUAAUUCUUGUCGUUGACUUGUCAUGGUUGGUGUUGUGGAUCUGAUUACCCGCGGGAGCGUGCCAAAGGCAGCACCUGUAUGGAUUCAGCGGAGGCCCGGCUGGUGUCAUGAAGGGAAGUACGUCCAGGUGACUGCUGAUUUCAUGUAUCCCUAAUGA